CGGCGCCGCAUACACGCGCGCACACAGUUCGGUGAACGACUACAACAAACAACCUUACCCCUUUACCUUAAAGCACAUUAUACCGUGCACACCUAAUCUGUGACCGCAAGAAAAUUGUGGAUUUUUUUCCCUUUGUAACCGAACUUUUCCGACCACGAGUUUGAGUGAAGUGUUGCAUAGUGCAGUGAUUGUUUAUUAUUAUAAUUAUAAGUGUAUUUGUUACGUAUUUUUAAUACUACUGAUUAACCGUGAUCAGCAACUAGUGUAAUAAAUGAUGUUCAAAAUUAGCCAGUGAUAUUGACUAGUGUAAUUAGUGGUUAAGUUGCGUAGUGUGGUGAUCAGUGAAGUGGGUUCAUGGCCAGCAAGAUGAUGACUCUAUACAGGACCAUUAAGGGCACCAGCACCGCCAAAAGGAAGAAACGGGAGCGAAGCUUAGGCCCAUUUGAGGCGGCGGCGGGUGCUGAGAUGGUGUCACGGCGUCGCAUUCUGUCGCGCUCCCGCGACGACCUCACGCAGGCCGCGCAGUUGGAAGAGGAGGAGGAUGUGUGGUACCAGAAAGAUAAACUCUAUAAGGAACACAUACAAGAAGUGCUGGAUAAAUGGACUCAAAUUGACGACGAGAUCUGGGCGAAGGUGAUAGUGUUCGAGAAGAACAGACGCGUUGCCAAAGCGUAUGCGCGUGCGCCCGUACUCACUAUCAACGGCUCGGAUGACGGAUUUGACGGCAUGAGAAUUGGCCUUUGCGGGUUCAACAAUCCACACAGAGAUCAGAAAACAGAUGAAGUGAAAAGGCAUAUAGGACAGGGUGUCAAAAUAAAGAUGGACGACGCCGGUAACAUACUCGUCAGGCGCUACUCCAAGAGUAGUGUGUUUGUGAAGAGUACAGCAGCCACCAGCAACGAAGAGACAGCUAUAGGACAGGACAUACUGAAACUGCCUGGCUACGCGCUGGAGCAGGAAAAAAUAUUUAAGUUAUUCGACAUGAAGAAAUUUCAGUCGAACGUGAACCGGGAGCUUCGCCGUGCGUACCCUGAUCGUCGGAGACUUGAGACGCAGUGCUUGAGCGCGGUGGCCUUCGUCAAGUCGGAGGGAGAGCUCCUGGAGUGCCCGAUAUGGGUGCUGGUCAUCAACGUCGUCGCUAUGGAUAUGCUCAAGUCGAAGCUGCCUCCAGUCCAAAGACCCAUGGACAUCAAGAACCGGCCUCGCAUCCCGAUCCCGGAUGAAGACCCGUACAGCAUUGCCAGUUCAAACGCCAACGGCUCAGGGUCGAGCGGCAGUUCAGGCGGCUACGGCCACAACGGCCACGGCGUGGUCGCGGCUACGAGGGAGCAGCUGAUGAUGCAGAUGGGCCAGAGGAGAGGUGAUAAGCCUCCCAAGCUGCCGCCUAGGGAGAAUGGCUACGGGCCCGCUGAUAUUCCCAAGCCGGACUAUGACGACAUAGAGGAGAACGGGCGCGUCCCAACGCAGUUCCCGAGGGGCAAAUCUGACAAGGGCAAAGACAAUAAGAAAUAUGAUGACCCGUACUACUGCGGUCUGCGCGCCCGCGUGCCCAACUUCGUAAAGACGAACGGGGCCAAAGUUCUGCCAGCGAUGACUGAGCGGCUGACCCUCAAGGAGGCGCCGAUGCCCGUUCCCAGCAAGCGCUACAGCGUGGCCCACGCCCACCCUGGCCCCUUCCCGCCACACAUGGCCCCUUUCGCCCACGCUCCCAUGCCCCCCGCGGCGCUCUGGCACGCUCGCUCCUACGAGAGCGGAAUCGAUGGAGAUCACUAUGACCCAUACGCGAUAUACGGCAGACUACCCAUGCCUGGCCGCGGCUUCCCGCCUCCACCGGCACCCAACGCUCGCCACAUGUUCAUCGGAGAAUGGGACUAAACCCCAUCAAUUGCACUGGAGAAUACCACUAAAAACCACGAGACCAAUCUAUGACAUAAUCUAAAAAAUAUAAAUUAUUAUCGAGACAAUUGUCUGAAGAAAUUUUAGAAUCUGUAGCUUGAUUGAUUAUCUCAAAGGUUGACCUUGUGAUUGGUUUUACUGAAUAUGGUCACAUCGAUGUUAAACUUUCGAGUUUUCUAACAAAUCGACGUAGCGAUAUUCAGACAGUAUGUCCUGACAUGUAAAUAUAACACAGUUGUAAAUUAUUAGUCAAAUCGUUUUCUGUUUAUCGAUUUCAAAGCAGCUUUUGACAAUGUAUCACUCAAAAAUCGCUUUGAAGAGAAAACGAAUUGAACUGGGCAAUGCUGUAUAAUUACGAAUUUAGUUUUUAAAACCAUCGCAGACUUUAACUUGUGUAGUUUUUGUUGAUAAGAUUGAAGUUUGUAAGACGCGAAUUUUACCAUUUUGAUACAUGAUUAGAAUUAAGUAUUUAAGAUAUUGUGUGUUUUAAAUAAUCACUGCCACUUUCGACGAUAUCAGUGUGUUCAUACCUACUUGAUUUUGUUUAUUAAGGUUUUUCUUUCUUAAUAUUUAAGGUGUCAAUCCUAGUCAAUACAGGGUUGGGAAUGAUUUAUUAGGAACUAGUAAAUGUUGAAAUCCAAAUUCGUGCAGUGUUCUCACACCUUCUGUCUUUUUUAUUUUCAUUUAUUUAAAAGAAAUAAAAGAUGUUACAGAGAACACACAGAGUAAAUUAAUACUGUAACAUCACAUAGAAAACGUCUUGUGACAUAAAUAAUGUAAUUUAUGUUUAAUAGUAUUUUCAAUUGACUAGCAACAACUUUGGAAUUUUCCGUGUAAAUACCAAGUUUUAUUUCAAAUUGUUUCAUAGUUAAGGAGUUAUUUUGUAUGUUUAUUAAUAAGUACCUUACAAGUCUUUGUCACAACAUAAGUUAAAUGUAAUCACAUACAUGUGUAGUUGUUAUAGACAGCAAUAAUAUAAACUUAGUACCUAAGAUAAAUAAGCUCUUUUGUAAAUAUAUUCGAGUAUAAUCAUUUUAUUAUAAAAAACAGUGUAUCACUUUAAUAUGUUACAAUAUCUUUUAAUACUCAAUUACGUGUAAUGGAUAUUUAGUUGUGUACAAUUAAUAAUAAUAAUUUGUAUGUAAUUUAUUGUAAAAGAUUUUUUAUAUAAUGUAUAUGUCACAUUUUUAUUUUUGUACUUUUAAUACAACGAUAAAAUGUGGUUAAUUUGAGCUUGUUAAAAAAAUUAUGUUUCUUAAAGGGACUAUUAUUCUUUUAACAGUAGUCUUUUUUGGAAAAAUAUAAUGUGGUUAUAUUUUUAUAAACAGCAGUAAAUAAUGUACAUUCAAAAUUGUAUAUUCGGAGGUGCUACGCAGGUUACCAUUGUAGCUUUUUACGACUAUGCUAAAAUAGAAUACAUGAAAUAAAGGAUUUAUAAAUUGAGUCGUCGUCAGGUGAUAAAAUUGCUCUUGUUUUGAAUUUUCCAAAUAUUUUUUCGAAGGUUUUAGACAAUUACAACAUUAAAAUUUGGUCUAGACUCUCUUUCUUCUUUAGUCUUGGAACUGUCGAGACGUUAGAUUCGUUCUAAAUUACUUAAAUAAAGGUCAUUGUUGUUAAAUUAAAUAAUUAUUUGUAUUAUUAUUUAGAGUUUAAUAGCAGUUUUGUACACUUAUAUAACGAAUAUACUAGUAUAAACAUUAAAAAUACUUAUCAACAUCCUAAAUGUAUUAUGUAACGCAGGGUGUUGGAUAAUGAGUAACCUAUUUUAAGGAAACGUGUAUGGAUAAAUACAAUAAUUUUGUAAUUAAA